AUGAUCAACUAAUCUGAAUACCAAGACAAGAGUUCGAAACCUCAUAAACAACAUGAAAGUACAAGAGCAAUGUCAAAACUCUCUUUUGCUCAGGAAGGUCAAAAGCAAUCUUCUCUUUCAACAAUUUUUGGCAUUACUAAUUCGAUGGUUGGUUCCCUUUGUUUAGUCAUUCCCCAAGUAUUCCAGCAAUGUGGAAUAAUAACAUGCUUAAUAGUGAUGAUCAUUUUAAGCUUGGUUCAAUACAAAACAUGCUAGAUUAUGAUCAUUCAUUAGAAGGAAGAAGAAUUAGACAGUGAGCAUAUGAUUAAGAGAUUAUUAGGAAAAUCUUGGACCUAAGCAUUCAGAGUUACAUCCGGAACUUUAUUAUUUAUUGUUGGAAUUAUUUAUUUUCAAUUAAUAAAUCUAACACUCUACCCCAUAUUGGUGUUGAUAUUCGAAAAAAGCAAUUACACUAAUUAUGCCAUGCCUUCUGAUGGUAUAACUUUUGAUAAGUUUUCAAUUCAAUGGUAAGCAAUAAUUAUUUUCUUGCCAUUGGCCUCGAUGCUGUUACUAAAAGACAUCACAAAAAUAAUCAAGUUUGCACAUUACGGUGUUGUUGCUAUCAUAUGUUAUUGCAUAUUUAUUAUAUACAUCUUCUCAGCAAAUAUGAUAAACAUAAAUGAAUUUAAGGGGGAUAUCACUUGGUUCACUUGGAAUUUCAUUUAGCCAGCAGGAUAAUUUGCAUUUGGUUUCAUGGUACAUAAUUCAGUUGGAUAAUUGAUUAAAAAUAAUGCAAAUAAAGCAAAUAAUUCAAGGGACCUACUAAUAUCUUAUGGGAUCGCAGCUAUUAUUUAUGGAAUCAUAGGUACAUUCGGCGCAAUAGGGAUUAUGGGAAAGACAGCAGUCAAUCCCUCAACAAUAUUGGAUUUCUUUUCAUCAACCGAUUAUGCAGUUUUGUUUAUUGAAGGCCUGUUUUUAGUGCAUUUAGUGGCUGCAUUCCCAAUAUUUCCAUAUAUCAGCAUAUACUAGAUAUUGGAAACAUUCUAUCAUAAGGAAUACCCAUAGAAAUUCUAAUGGGGAUUGAAGGGAGUAUUCAUUUGUUCAUGUUUAAUUGUGUAAUUGUUCAACAUAAAUGUGGGAAUUGUCAUUUCAUUUGAUGGAGCUGUUUGUGGAUUUCUUUUAGUGUAUAUUAUCCCAGUUUACAUGCAUUUUAAAUGCUAUUAUGGUAAUAGAACAAAUGUUGGAGAUGCGUUGUUAGAUCACGAUAGUAAUUGUGUCAAACACAAAAACAUAAAUUAUUUGUCUCUUCCUUUGAGAGUCAUUAUUUAUUUAAUAAUACUCUGCGUGGGCAUAUUUAACAUGAUAAUUUUCUUUUAUGACUUUUUCAAGUGA